AUGGUUAGUGAGACGAGAUCAUCGCCACUUCUGUCUCGAGUUUCUUGCUUCGGUGGCGGUGACCCCCUCGGGGAAGCCCCGGAGCGCCUUGUGGAGGCUUGUGGCAAACCCCCGAGUUCGCCGCUCCCUGAAGACGAGCCCACUUUCAGCCCUUCCUCGCCGUUCAAAAAACUCAAAGACUCAGUUGGAUGUCUCCCGGAUGGGAGAGGUUCCACGAAGGUGGUGGAUGUGCCUCCUUUAGUUAGUUUCACGGAGGAACCACUGGGAAAAAUAGUGAUGACUGAGAGCCCACCCCAUUCUGUUGGAAACGCGGCUGAGAGAAGUCCUCAGCUUCUUCUGGAUGCGAAGGAUGCGAGUGAAAGCUCAAAUUGCUCUCCCCAAACAAAGGCGUGCGUGGUGGAGCGACACGAGGUUACAGGUGACGCUGGUGAUAACACGGGAGCAAAAGAUAAGGUGGGGACUGUGAAUGCUAAUGUCAAUGAUGCUGCUGCCGCUGCUGAUGCCCUCGGUGUGGGUUCCGCCGCUGAUGCUCAUGCAGAUGACAGGGAGGGUGUCCUAACGCCAAUGGCGCAUCCGGAGCAGGCGGUGACGUGCGAUGGCAUCGUCCCCACCGGCGAUGCGGAGGAAGUGAGUAAAACUAAACCCAAACCUGUGGAACCGCUGGAGCCGAUGGGCGUAAAGGUGCUUGCUACCCAUGUGGUUAUGCGCCCAACGAUGCCGGCAACGGGUUGCUCCCCGGCACGUCGACCGCUCAGCGCUAGUGCGACCAGACCGCUUAGGCCGGUGCCGCCUCGGGAGAAUGUGCGCUCUAGUUCUCUUGCAGUGGCCGAUUCAGGUGCGCCGCUUGCGUUACGCCCAAUGCCGCCUGCAAAACGUAGACCAGUUUGCCGCCCUGAUGCCACCACCGCGUUAAAGAUGAGCGGUGAAAAUAGUGCCAAUGAGUCUUUGCUCAGUGACGGCGUCGGCGAGUCUCCCAAAGGCGGGACAACUGCUACUGCCGUAGUGGGUUCCUCGUCUUUUUCCUCAACGCCAAAUAUUCAACGGGCCCGGAGUGUUUCUGGUGUAAAUGCUAAAUGUGGGCGUCGUCGCCGUUCAACACGAUUACCUAGUUCUAGUUCUUGCUCAUCCUGCAGGGAUACAGGUGAAAAUAACCCGUCGCGAAGCAGCAGUUUUGAUUGUAGUAGCAAAAGCGCUUAUAAAAGUGGUAGCUUUAGUGGACCUAGUAGUCUGACUAUUACAAGCAGUGAGAGCAGGAAUACAAGUGUAAGCGACAGUAGCAGCAGCUUGGGCUCCGGGAAGGGAACACCAGAGGCUAUUCCAUUGAAACCCGGGUGCGUUGAACCGCCACCGUUUGCAGCGUUUGCCGAUCUUCACUGUAGAUUUAACCUGAGGUCUCAUCUAGACCUGUACGCUGAACCGGCUGUUGUUCAUGAGUGGAACACCUCGGUUGGCAGGUGGAUUGCCGUGCAGACUUCAGUCGUCAUUUUCCCAACUCCCUUCGCUUAUGGGAAUAUGCGAGCGUCCUACUAUGUAAUAGACCUGAAUCGACUAAAUUGCAUGAUGGUUGCGAAAAGGUAUCUGCGCUCCUCUAUUAAACAGUCACAGUACUUUGAUGAUGUUUCAAUGCACACAAUUGCCAACCAUUGGGCAAGAAGGUUUAAUUGCUGCAUGCCGCCUAAAUCAGUGCAUUUUGUCCCAGCUGCUGUCUUGGAGCUAACGGAUCGUCAUCCACCCAUGUUCUUUGCGGCAGAGCCAAAGCUGGAGGGAAAUUUCAUCAAAUACAACAAUAACAAUGGUUACGUGACGAAGGAAUCACGGUGGACGCCCCAGGCGUUUUCCCAUUUCACAUACCACGCCAGCGAUAAGAAGCUGAUGAUUGUGGACAUUCAGGGUGUGAAUGACAUUUACACUGAUCCGCAGAUCCUGACACUUGACGGCAAAGGUUACGGCCGCGGCAAUCUUGGUAAGAAGGGAAUGCGCCUCUUCCUACGUUCCCACGUAUGCAACGAUGUCUGCCGCACAGUGGGGCUUCCACGAAUAAGCCACGGAAGAGUUCGCGGAGACGAGCUGUUGGGGAUAUCAUCGUCCCCUGUGUUUCCUCCAGCGCUGUACUGCCCCGCGGCGCCAGAGAUCCUGCCACCACGCUCAAAUGGCCCGCGGGCGACGACCCCUUCUGUCGUGUCUUCUGCACAGCUCGGCGGUAGUGGGGCGAGCUCAGCAGCGUGCAACCUGGCUUCGCCACCUGCGCGGGCGGAGACUCGCGGGGGCACUGGCUUGCUGCAGCGCAUGCGUGUAUACGUUUCUCGGCGCAUUUUUCGCAGAAAGUCCCAUAACCGAAAAAUAACCGAAGAUAGCGGUAGUCUCAGGGACAGUUCAAACAAACAUUUGAGCCAAAAUACUACUAGCGGUGAGCAAUCCACACCCGCUUUGUCGAGUUUUUCUUGUUCAUGCCCUCGCCGACCUUGA